GGCACACUUUGUGAAAUCAACAUAUAUGAAUGUCAUUCGAAUCCCUGUCUCCAUAAUGCAACCUGUACAGACCUGAUUGGUGGAUAUAACUGUGUCUGCCUACCUGGAUUCACUGGUAUGCACUGUGAAACUGAUAUAGAUGAGUGUGCUUCAUUUCCCUGCAAGAAUGGAGGCACCUGCAUUGACCAACCUGGUAAUUACUCCUGCCAAUGUGUGGCUCCAUUUAAAGGUUUUAACUGUGAAUUCAGACCUUGUGAGGGUGGCAAUCCCUGUGAGAAUGGAGCUGUGUGUCUAAAAGAGAUGGACUUCGCAGUUUUUCCCCUUGGAUUCCGGUGCCAGUGUUUGAAGGGAUUUGCAGGACCACGCUGUGAGAUCAACAUAGACGAGUGCAGUUCCAGCCCCUGCCUCCACGGCUAUUGCUAUGAUGUUGUAGAUGGCUUCUACUGUUUGUGCAACCCUGGUUAUGCAGGACAAAAAUGUGACCAAGACAUUGAUGACUGCAUCAUUAAUGCAUGCAAACACAAUUCAACUUGUGUGGAUCUUCAUCUGGGUUAUCGGUGUAGUUGUCUUCCUGGUUGGGAAGGGACGUUUUGUGAAUCUGAAUCCAAUGAGUGUGACUCAGUACCUUGUAAGAACAAUGGAACUUGCAUUGAUCUCUUCAAUGACUAUCGUUGUUUGUGUUCUACAGGCUGGACAGGACAACAGUGUAGUGAAGAUAUUAAUGAAUGUGAUCCCGAUCCAUGUUUGAAUGGAGCCACUUGCUACGAAUCUACAACCUAUGGGCAGUUUCUAUGUGUAUGUGCCCCAUUUUAUAUUGGAAGAACAUGUCAGCAUCGCUACAACCCAUGUGAUGUACCUUACAAUCCAUGUGUAAACAAUUCCACUUGUUUGGCACAAGCUGAUGGGAAUCCACUGUGUAUCUGUCAAAAAGGAUUUGAAGGUACUUACUGUGAAAUUGACACCAAUGAGUGCAUCUCCAGCCCAUGCAAGAAUGAAGGUCACUGUGUGGAUGGGGUUAACAGUUAUAGGUGCUUCUGUAGAGAUGGUUUUUCUGGGACAUUAUGUGAAGUGGAGAUUAAUGAGUGCAUUUCAAAUCCCUGUGCAAACAGUGGAACUUGCAUAGAUCUUAUAAGCAGGUUCAUUUGUGACUGUGCACCUGGCUAUUAUGGGUCACUUUGUGAGCUGGAUGUAAAUGAAUGUGAAACUCUUCCUUGCUUGCAUGGAGGAAGCUGCUUCAACAAGCCUGGGGGCUACCAGUGUGUCUGUACUCCUGGUUUCACAGGAAACCAAUGUGAAGCUGAUAUAGAUGAAUGUCUCUCAGCACCUUGUAUGAACAAUGGAAGCUGCGUUGAUGGUGUCAACUACUAUAAAUGCCACUGCAGAAGUGGUUAUAUUGGAACAAACUGUGAAACAAAUGUUGAUGAAUGCUCAUCAGCACCUUGUCUUCAUGGAAGAUGCAUUGACCUUGUAGAUGGGUAUCAGUGCCGCUGUGAAGCUGGGUGGACUAGCUCAAGAUGUGAAAUCAAUUCUAAUGAAUGUGAAUCGGUUCCCUGUCUUAAUAGAGGUUCUUGUCAAGAUUUGGUCAAUGCAUUUGAGUGCAUUUGCUUGAGUGGAUACACUGGUGAAUUUUGUGAAGUUGAUAUUGACAUUUGUGCUGAACCUCUUCUGAACUCAUCCCUGUGUUUCAACGGUGGUAAAUGUGUUGACGGCCCUGGAAGAACUUUUUAUUGCAGGAAAGAGAGGAAUGGGGAAACAAAACAAAAGAAGAAAAUGUCAUUUGGAAUCUACAUGUAGUCUGCUCCCAAAGUACACCAAAAAGGAGAAAAAAAAAUACAAAAAUCAUACAUCCAACUCUCUAAAUUCUAGAUAGUGUCCAAUCUUCUUGUCCCCUGGAACUGUAAUUUUGUUUAAUCCAGUUAUAAAAAGGAGUCCGCACCUCGAGGUAAUCCUUAUCAGAACAUCCUUUAAGUAAUAAAGUCCAUUUCAGCACA